CCUUCUGUCCCUUGCCUCUGGUAGGUUCCACAAUGGUACAGGCAGCAUCACGCUGCACAAUGGUUUCCAGGCAGUGAAAGAGGGUGAUUCAGCAAGCACUCUUCUUUUUUUUUUUUCCUCCCUUCCCCCCUCCCUUUAUUUUGAUUUUAAGGGUGAUACUUGCUACAUGCUUAUUUUUCUUUUGCAAAUUCCUUUAAGUUCUCUUGAUUUUCAAUUUCUGGGGCCUGAAGAAUUUUAUUAUUGUAUUUUCUGGAAAUCACCUUUUUAUCAUUAAUUCUAAACAAUUCCCCACCCCCCAAAGGAGCCCUUCCUCAUUCCAAUUUGGAAUGUGGUUAUGAAAAGCAAGUAGGGAUUCACUUGAUGGUGCAAACAGUGCUGGACCAGGAUCCUAAUUCUCAGGCACGGCAUGUAUGGUGCCAGUGGUAGAUGGCUACCUGGGGAAGCUGGAGGCCAACUGGAAGAGUCUGAAUGGAGUCCCCUGGCACAUGAUCUGUUUCUUCCGGGCUGCUUGAAAAAAUUUCUCUUUGAUUUGGAAGCUGUGGAUCUUGGCAACCAUAUUUCUGGGUAUUUAUGAGCCGCUACUUCUUGUCCUACUUCGGUGAACCUACCUUCGAUGUGAAAAUUGCCUUUUGUCAGGGAUUUGAUAAACAAGUGGAUGUGUCAUAUAUUGCCAAAUAUUACAACAUGAGCAAAAGCAAAGUAGACAACCAGUUCUACAGUGUAGAAGUGGGAGAUUCAACAUUCACAGUUCUCAAACGCUACCAGAAUCUAAAGCCUAUUGGCUCUGGGGCUCAGGGAAUCGUUUGUGCUGCAUAUGAUGCUGUCCUUGACAGAAAUGUGGCUAUUAAGAAGCUCAGCAGACCAUUUCAGAACCAAACACAUGCAAAACGAGCUUACAGGGAGCUGGUCCUCAUGAAGUGUGUGAAUCAUAAAAAUAUUAUCAGUUUAUUAAAUGUCUUCACACCACAGAAAUCACUGGAAGAAUUUCAAGAUGUUUACCUUGUGAUGGAAUUGAUGGAUGCAAACUUGUGUCAGGUAAUUCAAAUGGAAUUGGAUCAUGAGCGCAUGUCUUACCUCCUAUACCAAAUGUUAUGUGGAAUCAAGCACCUUCAUUCUGCUGGGAUCAUCCACAGGGAUUUAAAGCCUAGUAACAUUGUGGUGAAGUCUGACUGCACAUUGAAAAUUCUGGACUUUGGACUGGCCAGGACUGCAGGCACAAGCUUCAUGAUGACUCCAUAUGUGGUGACACGAUAUUACAGAGCACCAGAAGUCAUCUUGGGAAUGGGCUACAAAGAGAAUGUGGAUAUAUGGUCUGUAGGAUGCAUUAUGGGAGAAAUGGUUCGUCACAAAAUCCUCUUUCCAGGAAGGGAUUAUAUUGAUCAAUGGAACAAAGUAAUUGAACAAUUAGGAACACCAUGUCCAGAAUUCAUGAAGAAAUUGCAACCCACAGUAAGAAACUACGUGGAGAAUCGGCCCAAGUAUGCAGGUCUUACUUUCCCCAAGCUCUUUCCAGAUUCCCUCUUCCCUGCUGACUCCGAGCACAAUAAACUUAAAGCCAGCCAAGCCAGGGACCUUUUGUCAAAGAUGCUAGUGAUUGAUCCAGCCAAAAGGAUAUCGGUGGAUGAUGCCUUACAGCAUCCAUACAUCAACGUCUGGUAUGAUCCUGCAGAAGUGGAGGCGCCUCCUCCACAGAUAUAUGAUAAACAACUGGAUGAAAGAGAACAUACCAUUGAAGAAUGGAAAGAAUUGAUCUAUAAGGAAGUAAUGAAUUCUGAAGAAAAGACUAAAAAUGGAGUAGUAAAAGGACAACCUUCUCCUUCAGGUGCAGCAGUGAACAGCAGCGAGAGCCUCCCUCCAUCCUCUUCUGUCAACGACAUCUCCUCCAUGUCCACUGACCAGACCCUGGCAUCCGACACUGACAGUAGCUUGGAGACCUCGGCAGGACCACUUGGUUGUUGCAGGUGACUAGCCGCCUGCCUGCGAAACCCAGCGUUCUUCAGAAGAUGAGGAAACUGAAAAGAUGCACAACCGUGUGUGGGAUGUGACAAUUAAGAGAAAAUGGGAAAGAAGAGAACAAAAUCUAAAAUUGAAUCCAAUCUUUCAGCUUGCUUCUUCUGCAGAGUUAUGUAUUGCAACUCAGUCCAAGUGUAUAUUUAACUUAUAAUUGCCCUGCUUCUUCUUCUUCUUCUUCUUCUUCCAGUGAUGCUUACUGCAGAAAACAAAACACAUAUACACAUGCACACACACACACACAGAGUUAAAAAGCUUUUCCCAUAAAGUAUACAUGAAUGGCUACCAAACCAGCAACCUGCGCCCACCCUUUCACUGGCAUGGCAAGGUGUGCAGUGGCCCCUGCAUGUGUCUCUGUCUUGCAUCUACCUGCUCCUUUUGGCCUAGUCAGAUGGAUGUAGAUACAGAUCCACAUGUGUCUCUAUACACAACAGCACGACAUUUACAUAGAAAUGAUAUAGCGUCUUUAGUGCUGUCCAGAUACAGUACAUCCUGUGUAACUCAGUGGUCCAUUUCAUGUGAACUUUUACUAUGACAUAAACCCAUCUGUAAUAUCUUGCCAGCAUAUAAGCUGUUUAGUUUGUUAAUUAAAGUUGUAUGUCUUAUAAGAAGCUUUGUAAAAGGGAAAAAAAUUGUGAGUGAGCACUCAAAGAUACUUGAAGAUAAUGUAGCAUCCAAAUUUGAGCUGAUUAAAAUGUUACCUGCAUACCAUUUUGUAGAGAGGAUAUAUGUGAUGAUGUUUUAUAAGGGAAACAAUGUCAUGGAGGUGUGUAAAUGGACCAGGCUGGAAAGGUGUGUAAUCACCAUGGAGGGAAGCAAGGUCUUCCUCCUGUAGGGGAUAGGUCUACAUCCCAGGGCCUGAGCCUCUCAACUAGGACGAAUGAGGGGACAUUUUCUAGUGGUUAAUAUUUACUGACUUGUAUGUGUGUCAGGAAGCCGCUGCUGAAUCGGGAUCAUCAGUGCAUAAGUGUUGGCAGCAACACUCUGUCCAUGAAAAAAGAUGGUCUUCAUGGCAGUUCAUUGUAGGAAGAUCACAUUUGCCAGCACUGAUCCUUUUCUUAACUACUUCAAAUCUUUUCUAUUUUGUUAUCCACGAAUAAGCUGCCAUCCAUCUCCAGUCAGUGAUGUAAGAAACCAGGAUUUCUAUUUUUAACAAAAAAAAACAAGUAAUCCUUGUCCCUUUGAGAAUGACAAAUUGAGGUGAAAUCUGAGAAAUGUAGCACGACCCUGCAGAUACAUGUGUGAUAACGUCCACAAAAAUGUAAGUGAUUCUCCAUGAGCUGUUUGGUGAUUCCCUCCUCCCACUCCUUUUUUUCCCCCCAACAGUUUUUAUAAUCUUGACUUAUCAACCUAAUAUUGAAAGGCACAGCUGGUUUUGAAUUUUGAUAAUAAAGAUAAACUUGUUUGCGGUAACUUAGCAAAGAAAUUACAGCAGCAAAAUAGUUAUAGCAAUACAAGUCCCUUUUAAAAGCCAUGGAGUAUCAAUGUCAAUGUUUAAGCAACAUCAGCUUACGUUAAAUAUGUUUGUAAAAAUAUUUAGAGGGACUCUGCAAAGUGUACUGAAUGUCAUGAAGGCAAUAACAGUGAGGAUUUCUUAGCAAUAAUAGGGACCAGUUACAGUUUUUCCUUUUUAUUCAUAUAGUUAAGGUAAUCACCACAGUUACUCUGCACUUUGGCUGUUUUGGUGCUCAUUGUGUGGUGAUAUUUCACUGUAGGAAGUUAUAACCUCUUAGAAUAACCAAAAGACAGCUUAGUUAGGGUGAUUUCCAAAAGCAAUCAUUUUUAAGAAAUGGAAAAACAAUAGGAAAUGAGAAAAUCCACAAAACUGCCUUAAAAACAAAUAGGGAUAAGGAAGCUAUCAUUUUUCUUAAGCAAUAGUCAACAGGGGAGUCCUUGCCCUUGAAAUAGCAACUGCCAAUGGGGCCUGACAUGGUAUUUAAGAAGAAAUGACUAGGCUUCAACCAUUCCUGCAGAUUCAAAAUGAUCUCAAGCUUCUGCUACUGUCAUUGUGUUAGUACAUUAAAUAUUCUGAGAGAUUCCCUCUUACAUUCCAUCUACUCAAUUCUAUAAUUUCCUGUUUUCUUUCCUUUAUUCCUUCCUCUGUCUCUCCUUCUUUCUAACUCAUUUCUGUGUUUAAUACCUAUGAUUUGCCCAUCUUGAUUAUCUUACCUUCACUUUUCUUUCAUAAGAUCCAAUGUGAAGACUGCAAGCAGCUUUGGGAAGGGGAAGUGAAUCUCCAGAGACAUCCAUAGGCAAUUCACACUGGACCACUCAGGGAAGCGUUAACCUUCUUUACACAAUAUAGUCGUCUCUCCUGAGAGUACAAAAGUAAUGAUGAUUUUUCACUCAGGUUAAAGCAAGGUAGAACAGGAGUCUGCCUUUUCUUCUGCUAGUGCUCCCCAUUCCCCUGGUGCCAAUGAUGUUUCUACUGCUUAGAUGAAGCUGCUUGCCUCUAGACCUGUGGAAACAAAAUAAUGUACUGGAAUUGAAGUGUUUGUGAGAUUGAUGGCAGCUAUUGGAUUACCCCUGCCCUUCUUUGAAUUCUAUUAAUUAAUUCAGGUUAAAAGAUGUGGCAACGACAGAAUUAGAAAUAUUCCUUCUCUCCCACUUGACUACCAUUUGCUUUGGUCUAUUUCCGUAUCACCAAGAUGUAAUUGUUGUUCAGAGAUUUGUGAGAAAAUAGUCUAUUUCCUACUUUACCAAAUGCUCUGCUAUUUUACCUAAGAAGCAUCAUUUCCCCACUACUUCAAAAGGAAGCUGUUCUUGUAUUCUCAACACACUUGUUGGUCCUAAUGAUAUCAGACCACCUGAAUGUAUACCAGAGAAGAAGGUCAUGGCUGUGGUGAAGGUAUAGCCUUUGAGCCUACAGCUGGCACAAUGAAGAAAAAAAAAAAAAACAGCCUUCUUCUAGUGCCUUUAGAGGAAUUUGUUAAGUGGAGUCUUAUUUAAAAUAUUGUCAGUACUUCCUGGGAGGGGGAAAGGGAUAUAAAGUCAUAGGGAAGAGUAAAAUUUAUUAGAUUAAAGAUUGUCAGAUAAAUUCACUGCUUUAGCAACUUUUUGGGUAUGUUAUGCAAAUGUACUAUGUGUAGCAUUGUGCUAAUACUGAUGAGGUCAAUCUUUGGCCUUGAAUUGCAAUUUCCCAUUGUAGAAAAAUGAGUUUAAUGUUUAUUAAUCCUGCACAUUCAAGAAUCUGAUGGCUGAACGUGUCAAGAUAUUUUUCACUGUGUGAACAAGAUGUGGCCAACCCCAAUAAGGCAAAGAAUGACCAGAUGUAAACUAGGCUGUUUAUUUGAAUAUUUAGUCCAUAUGUUAUGUCAUAAGUAGAAAAAUGUUAGCUGGGAUUAUGAAUGCCAUCUUUAUAUCUGAUAACUCAGAAAAUGUCCCUGUGUAUAUGAAAUGCAUGAUGCUAUUUUGGCCUGUCAGGAAAAAACCUGGUUGUAAGUACUUUAUUUUAUUAUGUGGGGUCAAUUUAAAUAUUAAUUAUAACAACUGGAUUAUUUAUACUAAACACAGUUAAGAACUGUCUUUUUAAUCCCUUAAGAAACAAAUAGAAGUUUAAAUCUUAAAGGAGCGGAACUUUGUGAUAGGAAUGCUAUUUUUGAAAAGGACAUUUUUCUCUACUCCAAGAAGCAAUUCAAACUGCACACACUAGCGGGGGCUUUUUUAUUUCAGUUACAUGGAUUCUAAAAAAAAGAAACUUCCUUUUUUUCUGGUAUUUUUUAUUUCUGGUAGCCCAACAUUGUCCACAGAACAGGUGAAAUGCUUUCUGGAAGAGAUUUACAAUGUAAAUAGCUGUAUUGGUUUUCUUUCUUGUAAUUAAAAUGUAAGAAUAUGUUCUUUCUUUUGGAGCCAAGCCAGAUUACUGGCAAUCUAACCUAGUUUAACCUAGGUUUAUUUCCUUGGCCAAUAGUGGUCAAAUGGAAAUCCUCAAUUUACACAUAGAAUACUGUAUAUUUAACCUACUAAGUAUAUGGGACUUACGGUCAGUAUAUAUUAAUAGUAAUGAAAUU